AUGAUUAUAUUCCAUGGACAAGGCAAAAGAUUGGGCAAAGAACAAGCCAAAUACCACCCCGGUGUUCUUGUUGAGUUCAACGAUACUGCAUACAUGACGGAGGUUCUGUUCAUCAAAUAUAUUGAAAUGUAUUUGAUUCCAGCAUUGAAUGGCAAACCUUCACUAUUUGCUAUGGACCUCUGCACAUCCCAUAAGACUCCUGCCGUCCUCAAAAUCCUGCGAUCAAAACAAAUUACACCAAGCCUGAUUCCCGCUGGAUGCACUAGCUUAGUGCAGCCUCUUGAUGUCUCAAUUAACAAACCUCUUAAAGAAUAUAUACGUACAUUGACGGAGGAAGCAAUCAGGGACUGUGAGGGUGUGGAGAGGGUUGAAAAAUGGACUGUUAGUGAUAGGCGAAUACUUACUACAUGGAGUGUUGGGGACGCUUGGUAUCUUUUUGCAGUUGAAAAGGAUGAAUUGAUUAGAAGGGUCUUCCGUAAAGUGGGUCUUUCUCUCGCUGCAGAUUGCAGCCAGGACGAAGAGUUGGAUAUUAAGGGGUUCAAAAGUAUAGAAAUUGGCGACUGGAAACUAUCUGGAUCACUACCCGCAACUCUAACAACUUUCGAAAACUUAUACCAACCCGUUCCUCUUGAUUUUGCAGAUGUAGAUAUAGAACAUGAUGAGAACGAGUCUGUAGAAUUUAUAGCCUAUGGAGAAUAA